AUGUGCGGCCCACCGAAAAUCCCGAACUCAGUGCAUUCUGUACGAAUCUUACAGGAAUCGAACAGGUGGAUUGAGAGCACUUUGGAGUCUGACAUCAUUUUGCAGCGUGAUGUGAUCCGUUCCGCGGAACUACAUGUGGUACUGACGGAAUUUGACAAAUGGCUCAAAUCGAAGAAGCAACAAUUUGGCUGUUGUUUCCGACCACAAGGCACGUGUAACUGGGACAUAAGUCAAUGUCUCUGGAAUGAGUGUAAACGGAAACGAUUGCCGGUUCCCGGCGAUAUGUUGAAUAGGAUUGAUUUGAAAGCACUGUUUGAGGUACGUCUACCUGAUAUUUCUAAUAAGAUAUCCUCGCGGUGUUUCUGCUUCUUUAUCGUAGUGUUAGCUUCAUAUUGGCAUAUUUUUCUGUUCACAAUAAUGUUCAUAUGA